GUCAGUGUUGCUGAGUCCUCUGAAGCGGUGCAGCGGAUGUACUUCACGAUGGUGGAAGAAAACUAUGUUUAUGGGUCUAAAUGGUUGGCGAGGAACGAUUUAUGAUUAUAAACAUUUAUCACUUGUUUGUUUAGACUAAUAUAGCCAUGUGCUGUUCGCGUUUUGCAGGGAAAUAUUCUUUUAAAAAGCAUGCACGGCUCCUACUGCAAGCGUUGAAUUUGGCAUCGAUGUUGUGAUCUUAGAUUUUUUAAGAUAUUUACAGACAGCAUUUGUCCAUAUAAACCUGGGAGUACGGGAGGAUAUGAGAUCAGUGGAGCUGCUUUGGUUAAAGUAAUGCAAAAGCAGCAAGUCAGCGAUUCUUGUGUGUGAUAACGCUCUUCUGAUCUGAUCUGAUCGGUGGAGAUGUCUCUGGUAGCGUACGACAGCAGCGACGACAGUGAACGCGAUGAGUCGCCGGGGUCGCCUGCUCGACCUGCGGCCAAGAUCGGCGGACUUUUCGCAGCUCUGCCCUCCCCGAGAACCGCAGAUCAGACAUCAGCUCCUCAACCUAAGAGGAUGACUUUGGAUCUGCCCAAACCCAAAAAACGCACAGAACCCGUUAAAAUCACCGUUCCUGAAAUAAAACCAGCAGAUUCUGACUCUGAUGAGGACGAGCCCGUCCGAAAGAAACCAGCUCCUCAGAUUCUGAGUUGA